UAAAAUUCCAGGCCUAACUCCAUCGUCUCCACCCCAACAGAGUAAGCUCCCUAUUUUCUAUUUCCAUCCUCCACUGUUCCUCCUCUUCUCCCUGUUCCAACCCCCGUUCCGUCCGAAAGGUCGAGACACCACGGAAUGGAUCAGCAGGGCCAUCCCACCCCUCCGGUGAUCGGUGUCGCCGGCCCGGUCCCCUACGCCGCCGCCGCCGCCGCCGCGGGGGCCGCCGGCGGCCCCUACCAGGCCUACCAGCACCUCUACCACCAGCAGCAACAGCAGCAGCAGCAGAUGCUGCAGAUGUUCUGGGCUGACCAGUACCGCGACAUCGAGCAGACCACCGACUUCAAGAACCACAGCCUGCCCCUCGCCCGCAUCAAGAAGAUCAUGAAGGCUGACGAGGACGUGCGCAUGAUCGCCGCCGAGGCCCCUGUCGUCUUUGCCCGCGCCUGCGAGAUGUUCAUCCUGGAGCUCACCCACCGCUCCUGGGCCCAUGCCGAGGAGAACAAGCGCCGCACCCUCCAGAAGAAUGACAUUGCUGCCGCCAUCACCCGCACCGACGUCUUCGACUUCCUUGUCGACAUCGUGCCCAGGGAGGAGGGGAAGGAAGACGUGCCCCGCCCCCUCGGGGCCCCGCCAGCCGACCCCCUCUCCUACUACUAUGUCCCGCAGUAGCUGCUGCCCGGCAAUGUGAGUCCUGCCAAACUAUCUCCCCCCUUUUCCUAUGUUCUUUGUUUGCUUUGAUGGGUAGCGUUGGUUUUGAAUGUGGACAAUUGGGGGGACUGGUCUGCUGUAAUGAUGCUGGAAGGGAGUAGAAGAAAAACUAACUAUUCAAUUAGAUUUUGCUUGUCUAGUCUAUUGUGGGCUUUAUGUGGAUGGGUCUCUUUUGUUCAAAUUUACCCAUCUGUUUCAGUGUAUGUCUAGUGACAAAUGUAUCUCAUGCCGUAUAUCGUUGUAAGAUCUGGUGAUGGUUAGUUACUUCUUAUGGGUCUGAUAGAUUGACAUAAUUGAUAUGCGUGUAUUUUUGCACAUUAUUGGAAAACAGGAGCACCCUGGUUAGGGUGAUUAUGGAUUAUA